CCGGCGGCGGCGGCCGAGGGGACGGGAGCGGCUGUCCCGGGUGUUGAGUUCAUCAGGCCGCAGCAUGAACGGCAGCGUGGCGGGCGGCGGCUACGCCGAGGAGAUCAUCAGCCUCACCCGCAGACCUUCAGGGCUGGGCUUCAACAUUGUUGGUGGGACAGAUCAGCAGUACAUUUCCAAUGACAGCAGCAUCUAUGUCAGCCGGAUCAAAAAGGAUGGGGCAGCUUACCUUGAUGGCCGAUUACAAGAAGGAGAUAAAAUUUUAGCGGUCAAUGGCAAAGACUUGAAGGAUUUGCGGCACAAGGAUGCUGUGGAACUGUUCAGGAAUGCAGGCUGUGAUGUGUCUCUGAAAAUUCAGCGCAGGUUGCAGCCACAAAAUGGCCCUGUGGGUCAUCAAAGCCAUGGAGAAUCAGGUGGGCUUCCUCUAGCAGCCAUUCUUGUGCCAGGCCUGGCGCUUGCCGCAACAGCAGUCUGGAUCUUGCUGAGGUAUCGACAGCGGAUGUGAAGAGUUCACGUUUGGGAUAUCACUGCAUAUUUUACACAACUAUGAUGUAAUUUAAAGAUAGAGAAUCAACGAUCGUGUCACAGACUGAUGUCAAAAAGGAUCAUUGCCUAUCAUCAAAGCUGCUGCUGAUGUUCUUAUAUAUUGAUUUUGUUGCAGGGUUGAUGGAAACAGAGAGGAAAAGGGGAAGGGAGAAGACUGUAUUUAUGUAAAGAGUGGGAUAGCUGUUUUUGGACAAAUCUGAGGAGGUUUUGCCAUCCUCCUCUAUUUUGCACCACGAACUUUCAAACACACUCAUCUAUUCCACAUUUUAAGAUGUAACUGUUGGUUAAAGGGUGUGGGAGUUGGGGUGAUUUUAAAUCAAAAAUAUUUACUAGAGGCUUUGCCUUGUUUCCACAGAAUUUUUUCUUGAAACUAAUGAUCCCUAUCUGAAGCAUGAAUAAAGAGAAGCAAUGCAGAGGGUAUAUUAUUUUUUCCAUUGAAUUUUUGUUGGUUGUUACUAAAUAAAUGCCUUAAGAAAAAUGUGUAAAAUCUAAUAUGUGGUUUUGCAGGUAAAAUCAUUGGCGUAGCUGCUGAUUUAACAGUAAUAUGCAGUAUUGGUGAGGUAUUUUGCCAGUUGUGGAAAGAUAGAAGAUAGCCUGCCACUAGAAAAAGGUUUUGUUUGUCAAAAUGUCUGCUCAUUCUUGAGUCAGGGUUGUAAGAGAAAGCUUUCCGCAAAAUAGUAGCAUACUGGAGAGAGAGAGACAGGCAGACAACUGAUUCACAAGGAUAAGUGGAGGCAAGAGAUUUAAGCAUGUUGAAGCUGCAGAAGAGCCUUUAGAUGAGUAAUGAAGUCCCUCCAUUCAUCAACUGGAUUGAAGUCUGCAUCUCUCAGGUUAAAGGUCUGGUUUGGGGGUUGUUUUUUUCAUGGGGAAUACUUCAGAUAAAGUAACUUGCUCUCUGCAGUUAGAACAUCUCAUGAUGAUUGAAAGGGAGAAACUGAGAGCAGGCUGGGGUCAUCCUGGCUAUUGCUUGUUUGUGUUGUAUGAUGUUCAGGAGAUAGACUGACAGCUUUAAGUCAGGGUAAACCUUAGCAAGUAAAACCAGAGGGAGAGACCAUUGCUCUGGAAAGCACAUUGCUGAAUUUACCUGCAGGAUCUCAUUCUCCUCACUGUGAUUUGAAUAGUUUUAAAUGCCCCAGCUGAUAUGAGCUCUAUGGGGUAAGACCUGUUUCUCUUGUCUCCAAGAAAUCAAUAUGUUUUGGGUUUUUUUGUAAAAGAAAAGCAGAAUGCAUGGUCUGGUCUGUAUGAUGC